GCUAUUUGGUCGUAGUAAAGUCGCUUGAUUCUUCUUUUCUACCCUUUUUGGCUUAGCUUUGUUUUCUUCACUUUUGCUUCUGCCCACAGCUUCUUAUCUUCCUCUUCCUGGUAGUUUUAAGUUAACAAUGAAAGGUGGAAAAGGAAAAGGGGCAUUGAGAAAAGAAACAAGGUCAGCGUUGAAGCCUGUUGAGGACCGAAAGAUGGGGAAGAGAAAAGCCACGUUGAAGGACGAUAAAAGGAAGGUCACGAAGGACAAAAAGGCCAAGAAAGAUCCUAAUAAGCCUAAGAGGCCUCCCAGUGCCUUCUUCGUAUUCCUUGAGGAAUUCAGGAAGACAUUUAAAAAGGAGAAUCCUAAUGUGAAGGCUGUUUCCGCUGUCGGGAAAGCUGGAGGAGAAAAGUGGAAAUCUUUGAGUGCAGCUGAAAAAGCACCGUAUGAAGCCAAAGCUGCAAAAAGAAAGGCCGAAUAUGGAAAGCUCUUGAAUGCUUACAACAAGAAGCAGGCGGAAAGCUCAGACGAGGAGGGCGAAGAAGAAGAAGAAAAAGAAGAAAGGUCAAAGCCUGAGGUACAUGAUGACGAUGAGGACAGUGGGCAGGACGAAGAAGAGGAGGAGGACGACGAAGAAGAGGAUGAAGAUGAUUGAAGCUAUGUGAUUCCUCACUUGCACCGUUUCCUUGGUCCAUGACAUGCAUGCUUCAAACAUACUAGUUUUUGUACUACUGCCACCUAAUAUGGAUCGGGUAAACAUAUUACGCAGUUUGCUGAAUCUCAACCCUAUGAACUUGUAUAUAUGUAUAUGACGAUAUGUGAUGUGGUAUCUAAUGCCAUCAUGUUGGCUCUGAAGCAACUGCAUGAUACCAGCAUUUUGUAGAUGCGGUUUGGUUAUUACUCUGUCUUUAUCCAUUAACCAAAGAAUUACUGCAAUUUCCCUGUUUUUUUUUGUGUUUAUCAUAAAUUAAAACCAUAUUGAUAAUUGGUGUCUGGCGCUUUACGCUGUUAAUUUACUCUGGAGUUCGACUUAGAA